AUGGAUGCUGAAACCAACCUCCUGGUUUCCCUCCGCCUUAUGUACGGAUUCAACCCAUCCCCUACUGCUCACAACCCUCAAGCACCCAACCUCCGGAGUUGGUCAGAUGUCCUGGGUGUCAUCGGGACAAAAUCAGAACCUGAUGUCUCAGACCGAGACAAGGUUCUAAUUCGCGAGUUCAUUUCAUGCCUCAUCGACAGCUCUUCGGGAUUGCCAGCACCCUCCGACGACCUCAACGCAACAUCGGAUCAGCCUUUGGCAACAUCCUUUGCGCUCGACACUGUGGAACGCAUCAGUGAGGACCUAUACGUGUUCAAGCUACCUCCUUCCCCCUCUUGCAAAUGGGUCAUCGGUGUUGAUCGCCCCACGACUGUUCUUUACAUCUGUCGACUGGUCGCCUCCGCUCCGAACACGCAUACGGUGCUGACAAUCGCCUACCACCUACUUGAGCACCACAUACCCUUCCGCACCCUCCUUCUGCAGGCCUCCUCGGAGCCCGAACAGCUCAAUCUCCCAUACGCAGACAACGCCAACCGUUUUAACAAGCACCAAUUCACGACAGCAGACUUCGACAGUGCUAUGCUCGAGUGCCGCCCGCUGCUGGGCCGCCCGCAAGGUAAGGAGUCUGGGUUGCAAGGACCGUCCAUCGAGGUCACAGUGCAUCAUUCGGGGUACUUUGUCCCGUCUAAACACGACGGGUAUUUCUACUGGGAUGACGACCUCACUGGUGAGGAGAUUGCAUGUUUGUGUGGGACAUACUGCCUCUAUACAGGGCAUGGCGAGCAGACAACAACGGUCUCGUGGUUCCCUCCUCCGGACAUUUGGGACAAGCAGGGUUAUGGCUGGCCAGGAUGGACGGAAACUAACGAGGAGUUUUUCCAGCAGUGGAUAGCAGACAUUCGCAAGGGCAAUGCCAAACCCCUGUCGCGUCAAAACUGGUGGCGCAAGGUUCAUAGCAUCAAGAACACGAGGUCGAUGCUUAAGAACAACAGGGAACGGGCAAAGGCAUACGUCGAGUUGAACAUUCAUGCUAUGUAG